AUGGCCAACCGCCGCGUUUUUCCUGCUUAUACGCAGCGAGAGUAUGCUGAGAUGCACCUUAUUUACGGAGAAGCUGGCCAAAGUUCCCGAGCUGCUGCCACCUUCUACAGGGAAAGGUUUCCCAAUAGGAGACAUCCACACCAUGAAAUGUUUACCAGAGUGCAUAACUCCUACAUGGAAGGCAGACUCCCUAGUCAACGUGGCGAUGGACGGCCUCAAGUUGCUGACGAAGACAUAGUCCUUCAGGAACGAGAACAAGACCCGACAACUUCGGUUAGGGCGAUACUACGGCGCACAGGGAUACCGCAGUCUACUGUUCAUUCAGUACUUAAGAG